AUUCUGAGAAACACAACUAGAGAACAUGUCCAACGAAGGGCCCUCGAGCAAACACAAUGUUCAGAAUCAAAGGUCAAACACUAACUCUAAUGAGAAUAACGAGAGUAAUGAGAAGCCCGUGCAAAAUGUUUGUUCAUCCUCUCAAACUGAAAAUCCUCCCAGCAUGAGUAGACAAGCUUUACCUGACAGUGAACUCUCUGCAGUAAGUCCAGCUCCGAAUGAACUGCGACUGGUUCUGCUGGGAAAAAACGGUGCAGGGAAAAGUGCAACGGGAAACAGCAUCCUGGGAGAAAAUCACUUUGAUGCUGAGCUGAGCAUGUGUUCAGUCACUAAAAAGAGGAAAAGAGCAAGUGCAACGGUGGAAGGACGAAAGCUCGUUCUUGUAGACACACCUGGGUUUUUUGACACCGACUUAACAGAAGAACAAUUAAAGGAAGAAGCAAUACGUUGCCUGGCCUUGUGUUCUCCUGGUCCUCAUGCAUUUCUACUCGUCGUACCGAUAGAUCGAUUUACGGAGGAGCAGCAGUGCAGCAUAGAAACGAUUCUGGAGAUGUUUCAGGAGGACAUCAGCCGUUACUCCAUCCUGAUAUUCACACACGCCGACAGACUUAGAGGAGAAUCCAUUGAAAGGUUUGUUUCGAGACAAAAUCAAAAGGUUCAAGAGCUUGUGGAGGGAUUUGGAAGGCGUUUCGUCGCCUUUGACAACACAAACCCUACAAACCGAGAUCAGGUGCGUCGACUCCUGCAGAAAGUGGACGAGCUGCUGGUCGUGAAUGAGAACCGUCACUUCACUAAUGAAGUUACAGAAGCGAUGCAAACAUUCCACAGAAUAACAGAAGAGAAAAGAAAAGCUGAUAUAAAGAAGGAUGUCAGGAAAAUGUCUGAUGUUCGCUGGCAUGUCUUCACUGCAUCCAUGAAUGAAGAGAGAAAAGAAAACGAGAGAAGAAAGAAAUGUAUACACCGCAGGAUUGAUCAGUUUCAUACAGAUAUACAAAAGGAAAAAAAGAAUGUGCAGCCAUUGCAAGCAAGACUGAAACGGUUCACAGCAUCUCUGCAGGAGGAGCGGGAGAACUUGAGAAAGGUAAAGAAAAGAGCAGCUGAAGAGGAGGUGGAGAUGAAGGAAAGAGAAAAGAAAGAAAAGGAGAACCUGGAAAUCUGGGCUCAAGAAGAGGUGCAGAGGAGACUGACGGAAGAAAGGCAGAACAAUCCACUUCUUUCAUAUUUCAAUAGAAUAAAACAGAAUGGGGUUUUCAUCUUAAUACUGGGGGUUAUGUUACGAUUGAUCAUAGCAUAUAUGCUCCCUUCUCAUCCAACAAGGCAGGUUGCAAAGUACAAACACACGCCUACAGAAACUCAACAAGGAAACAUGUCCAGCAAAGGUGCAAUGAGGCAAAAGUCAAACAGAAACUCCGAUGAGACUAUUGAGAGCAAUGAAAGACCUGCGCAAACUGUUCUUUCACCCUCUCCAGUUCUGAAUGAACUGCGACUGGUUCUGUUGGGGAAAACAGGUGCAGGGAAAAGCUCAACGGGAAACACCAUCCUGGGCAACAAAUGCUUUGAUGAGAAACUGAACAUGGGUUUAGUCACAAAAGAGUGCAAGCAAAAAUGUGAAACAGUGCAAGGGCGACAGCUCGUUCUUGUUGACACCCCUGAUUUUGUUGACUCAGAUCAAACACUUAAGGAAAUACAGCAUUGCCUGUCCUUGUGUUCUCCUGGUCCUCAUGCGUUUCUACUGGUUAUACCGAUAGAUCGAUUUACAGAGGAGCAGCAGCGCACCAUAGAAAUGAUUCUGGAGAUGUUUCACGAAGACAUUACUGAUCACACCAUCCUGAUAUUCACACACGCCAACAGACUCAGAGGAGAAUUCAUUGAGAAGUUUGUUUCGAGGCAACAUCGAAAAGUUCAAGACUUCGUGGAGAGAUUUGGAAGGCGUUUCGUGGCCUUCGACAACACGAACCCUACAAACCGAGAUCAGGUGCGUCGACUCCUGCAGAAAGUGGACGAGCUGCUGGUUGUGAAUGAGAACCGUCACUUCACCAUUGAAGUUCAACAGUUAAUGCAGGAUACCAUGAGGGUAAUAGAAGAGAAAAAAGAAGCUGAUAUGGCUGAAAGAAAUAAGAAAAUCAAGAAGGUAAUCAGGAAAAUGGCUGAUGUUCGCUGGUCUGCGUUCACUGCUGCCAUGAAUGAAGAGAAGCAGGAAACGGAACAAAAAAAGAAACGCAUUCAAGGCAGGAUUGAUCAGAUUCAGGCGGAUAUAAAGAAGGAAAAACAGAAUGUUCAACCGAUUCCAGCAAGACUGAGACGGUUCACAGCAUCUCUGCGAAAGGAGCAGGAGAACCUGAGACGACUGGGGGAAAGACGGAUGUGGGAGGAGAGAGAGAGAAUGGAAAGACAAAAAAAAGAAAGGAAUGACUUGAACAUCUGGAUCCAAGAAGAGGAGGAGAGGAGACUGAAUAAAGAAGGAAAUAACAAGCCAUUUUCUUCAUUUUCUUGUACUAAAAUUCUUUUGAUAACGUUUGGAAUUGUACUCGUAUUCAUCGCUAGCAUUCUAAGCGCAAAUGGGGAGACUUCCAGCAGAAACUCAAAUGCGAGGAAGAGACCCGCUCAAACCUCUCCAUCCGGACAUUCUCCCAGCUAUCCGUUCACAGUAAGUCCAGCUCCGAAUGAACUGCGACUGGUUCUGCUGGGAAAAACUGGUGCAGGGAAAAGCGCAACAGGAAACACCAUCCUGGGAGAAGAUCAUUUUGAUGCUGAGCUGAGCAUGAGUUCAGUCACUAAAGAGAGCAAGAGAGCAAGUGCAACGGUGGAAGGACAAGAGCUUGUUCUUGUAGACACACCUGGGUUUUUUGACACAGACUUAACAGAAGAACAAUUAAAGCAAGAAGCAAUACGUUGCCUGGCCUUGUGUUCUCCUGGUCCUCAUGCGUUUCUACUCGUCGUACCGACAGAACGAUUUACGGAGGAGCAGCAGCGCACCGUACAAAUGAUUCUGGAGAUGUUUCAGGAGGACAUCAGCCGUUACACCAUCCUGAUAUUCACACACGCCGACAGACUUGGAGAACAAACCAUUAGAGAGUUUAUUUCAAGGCAGAAUGCAAAAAUCCAAGACCUCGUCGGGAGAUUCGGAAGGCUUUUCGUCGCCUUUGACAACACAAACCCUACAGACCGACAUCAGGUGCGUCGACUUCUGCAGAAAGUGGACGAGCUGCUGGUCGUGAAUGAGAACCGUCACUUCACUAAUGAAGUUACAGAAGCGAUGCAAACAGUUCAGAGAAUAAUAGAAGAGAGAAUGCAAGCUGAAAUGGAUAAAAGAAUGAAGAAGAUCAAGAAGGAGGUCAAGAAAAUGGCAGACGUUCGUUGGUGGGCGUUCAUGUCUGAUAUGAGUGAAGAGAGGCGCAAAACCAAAAGAAAAAUUAAACGCAUACAGGACAGGAUUGAACAGACUGAGAUGGGAGAACAGUAUGUUUGGCUGAUCCCAGCAAGGUUGAAACGGUUCGAAGUAUCACUGAAGAACAUGAGACGACUGCAGAAAAGAGAAAUGAAAAAGGAGAGGAAGAGAAUGGAAAGAAAGGAGAAAGAAAAGGAGAUCUGGAUCCUAGAAGAGAUGCAGAGGAGACUGAGUAAAGCGAAGGAGAAGAGUCUAUUUUCUUCACAUAAUAUGCUGACUGUGCUUACCUCUGUUUCAGCUGGCUUUGGAUUUUCAUAUGUACCUACACUCUUUGCAUUUCUGUUCCCUCCAGCUCCAGCAGUGGAAACUGGAUUGUCAGUCAAGUUUUUGUCCAACUUGUUAGCUGCAGAAAGUGAGAGGUUUAUUGCGAAGGCUGCUGGAAUUGCGAUGAAUGCUGUGUCUGCAAAGCUGGCAUCGAUGACAAACUGCUGCAUUCAGUAACUCUACUGAUUGAGCUUUAUUAGUGAGCUUUUUCACAGACUUUAAAGAGAAUCACAGUGAAUGGUAUUUUUCUCACUCAUUUCCUCCUUAAAGGAGAAGUCCACUUUCAAAACAAAGAUUCACAUAUAAUGUACUCACCCCCUUGUCAUCCAAGAUGUUCAUGUCUUUCUUUCUUCAGUCAUAAAGAAAUUAUGUUUUUUGAGGAAAACAUUUCAGGAUUUUUCUGAAUCUCCAUCUUAUUUUCUCCUACAACUUCAGAAUCGUCCGACAUCGUUGUACCAGUGUUUGACUUACUUGCACUUUGCACGUUCACUUUAUAAACACUGGGUCUGUAGUACGGCCUACGUUCCGCUUGAAUUUUCAACGUGAUUCAAUAGUACGUAGCGUUGUGAACGUGCAUCCCAGAGCCUGUGCUACACAAGCUUUUGUGUUUAAAAAGUAUACAGAUUUUUAUUUUUCGAAAAAAAAGACAGAUCAUUUCGCUAGAUAAGACCCUUCUUCCUCCUUUGCCCUUUGAAGCUGCUUUUAACCCUUUAACUGCCACCAUCCUCUCUGUGGGACACAUAAGUUUACUUCACUAUAUCACAAAUAAAUUCUAAUCUAAUAAUGACAAACUCUAUAUUGUUGGGAAGGUCUAAGACUCCUAAAUAGAUAUUUUACCACUCUUUUGUGUUACAAAUUAUGUAGGUAAAGUAAUAGAUUAAUUUAUGCCAAGAGUGCACCUCAAAAAUCUACAUCAUAACAGAAGUUCUGACCUUUGUCACAUAAAAAACUUUCUUCAAUGCCUUUUCCCUAUCACACAAUAGAAAUCUUAAGAAAUUAUAUAUCAACUGAAAACUUAAAAUCUCAAAAUUCAUCCUUUGAAAACCAUCAGACAUUGAACUACCAUGGAAAUUGUACAUUAAAAUCAUAUUACAAAAUGUUUUUGUUCAUGAAUUGUACUAAGUGACAACUUAGAUUUUUGAGUUGAUUCAACUUAAUUUUUAAGGCAGCUGGGUGACAAACUGAAAUUUAAGUUUAGUCAACUCAAAUAUCUAAAUUGUCACUCAGUACAACUUGACAUUUCAAGUUGACUAAACCUAUUGGAGUUGACUGAACAUAAAAUCUGAAGGCAGCAAGGUAACAAAUGAUUUUAAGUUGACUCAACAAUUUGUGUGUUUUUGUUUUUUACAGUAUAUCAAACAUGUAGUUUUGGGGCAUUGUUGUGUACAGUAAUGAAGAAUCUAAGCAUCUAAUCUGAGUUUUCUAGUAACCUGUAUGUGUAGUUUGUGUAGUUAAGAGAGCAAUCACAUCUUGAUUUUUAUGUUUUUGUUUUUCAUUUAUUUUUAUAUAAUUUCUUCCUUUCAAUAUUGCUUCUAAUUUUACAUAUUUUAGGUUUUGCAAUUAUGUCCACCUAUAUAAAUCUAAAUAAAGGAAAGGCCUAUUAAUGUACAUCAUGCAUUUGGACUUUAUUGUGUUACAAACCACAUUAUAAAAUAAGAAAAUUAUAAAAAUUUAUUUUUUUUUUUAAAUUCUUAAAAUAUGUCAUUAUUUUAUUUGAAAAGGUUAAUAGUUUUAUUUUAUGGAUAAACAUAUUUUUUCUUUAGAUCAGAUAACAUUUUAAGCUGUCAUUUGUUCAUGUAACAGUAUGACUGACGGGGCAUGUUGUCACAUUUCACUUCCAUUCUUUUGGGGCAAAGAAAGAAAACCGUAUACAUUGUAAUUAUGAAACAAAUUGACAUAUUUGUACUAGAAAAGUGUGAAAUUAAUUGUGCCCCACUCUCCUCUACUUGUUUUAUGUUUUUUUGGACAGUCCAAACCUUUCCAAUGAUCAUGACGUCAUAUACUUCCUUCUCUUGUACAGGCAUUUCUCAUCAACUUUUUUAGUAUGUUUAUUGUUCAAAAAAGAUACAUACUUCAUAUGUCAACCUUUUGUCUUUAACUUUAGUUAUUAGUUUUGUUUUUAUUGCAGCCAUAAAAAUACAGUGAAAUAAAUGCAUGUAAAAGGCCUGCGCAUUUUACACGUUACCAUAUGUAAUGAAUCAGCAUUGACAGGAAUUUACCUGUGAUGUCAGUUCAUUUCUGAAACAAGCUCAUUGUGUCCCUCAUGUGGAUGCAUAGUUGAUCGAAGGGGAAAAAACACGUAAUUAAAGUUAUAAAUAAACUCUUGUGUGCAUAUCUUACAUUAAGUAAGUCUGUAAAUAAAUCUAAAAGCAAUUAUUUUCAUUGCAUACGCUCAGUAAGCACCAGUCUCGUCUGUUGCAUCAUCAGGGCUCUCACGUUUUAGAAAAAGUUUGGAGUUAGAUAUUAUAUCUGUUAGGGGAGGAAUUAUAUAAUUUAAUUACAAAAUAAUCUGUUACAGUUACUGAGAGAAACAAUGUAUAAAUUACAGUUACUUAUGAAAAUGUUAACAAUUACAAAUACAAAUUAAAGCUGCAAGCAGCGAUGAAAGGGCCCUCGCACCCGGGCUCACCGCGGAUCGGUGGCGAAUGGUGGACACUAUGCUUUUCACAUAGUUAAUUUAGGAGGAAUAUGUCAAAGUCAUUUAAAUGUGCCAAGCUUCCUGCUGCCAGCUGGUGGCGCUAUGCCUAUAACUGGAUAUUGGCAUGUAGAUGUCUUCAGGCCAGUGGUUUUGUCAAAUAUAUGAAGUUUGGUGCACAUUGAACAUGGCAUGCUUGAGUUAGUGUAAGACAUGACAUAUCCUGCUGCCAACAGGUGGCGCUAUGAUUAUAACUGAAUAUUGGCCUUUAGGUGUCUUCAGGUCAGGACUCUUACCAAACAUGUGAAGUUUGGUGCAAAUCGGACAUUGCAUGUUUAAGUUAGUGUAAAAUAAGACAUUUCCUGUUGUCAGCAGGUGGCGCUAUGAUUAUUAUACAAUAUUGGCCUCUAGAUGUGUUCAGGCCAGGACUCUUACCAAACAUGUGAAUUUUGAGGCUGAUCGGACAUUGUAUGGCUGAGUUAUAACAGCUUCUAUUCUCAUGGCGAAACAUCGAACUUUGUCAGGCUGCCGUGGACACGCCCUUCAACGAAAACUCUAGAUCUUCACAAUUUAUCAUGGCAAAGGCCUUUAGAUUAGACCGAUCGAAUAUAAUGUUGAUUUCAUGAAAUCACUAGGAGGAGUUUCUCACAGCGUAAAACAUGUCACUUCCUGUUGCCAGCAGGUGGCGCUAUAACUAUAACUGAAUAUGAUCAUGCAUAUGUGUUCAGGACCAGACUGUUAUCAAACAUGUGAAGUUUGGGGCAGAUCAGACUUUGUAUGGCUGAGUUAUAACAACUUCCUUUUUCAUGGCGAAUCAUCGAAAUUUGACAGGCCGCCACGGACACACCCUCCAGUGAAAACUCUAGAUCUUCGCAAUUUAACAUCACAAAGGGCUUUAGAUUAGACUGACCAAAUUUGGUGUUGAUCUGAAUAAAUCUCUAGGAGGAGUUCGUUUUAAUACGACGCCUGGAAAUGGCAAAAAUGACACAAAAAUUGCUGAGAAAAUUAAAAAUAACUGACUUCCUGUUGGGUUUUGGAUUUUGCUCCAAGAGACUUUUUUGUAGGUAUUGGUGUGUUGCAUGUGUGUACCAAUUUGCGUACACGUAUGUGAAACGUAGCUCGAGGCGCACUCCGCUGAAUGUGUAUAGGUGGCGCUAUCGAGCCAUUUUGCCACACCCACUUCUGAAACACAUAUCAGAUGUAAAUUUUCGCCAGUUCUGAUGCGUGUGCAAAGUUUCAUGACUUUUCAUGCAUGUUUAGGCCCUCAAAAAUGCGAUUCAUUUUGGAGAAGAAGAAGAAGAAUAAAAAUAAUAAUAAUAAUAAUAAACAGAGCAAUUCCAAGAGGGUCCUCGCACCACCGGUGCUCGGGCCCUAAUUACAUCUGAAUGUUUUCACACAUACGUAUUUGAUUGAUUUCUUUCCCAAAUUGCACUGACUGCUCUAAAAUAUGAGACCCCAAUGUGUCAAUGUGUAGGACACAAAAUAGGACACAUGCUUAACUGAUUUAUUUAUUUGGGUUUAUGUAUAUGCUUUAUUUUUUAAGAUUAACUGUUUUUUUCCCAAGGCAUUGUUGCCAGUGUUUCCAGUAUUUAACCUCAGAAUGGUCUGAUGGCACUGAUAAGGGACGACACAGACUACGAAAACAUAUUUUAUUACAUAAUCAGUUUAUACAUAGAAAAAACAUACAUUUUCGAUUCUUCAAAAUAUCCAACAUGCUAGUAGCUUGCUACAUAUGUUAGCUGUCUAUCUAUCUAUCAACUAGCCUAGCAACUAGUCAUGCUAGUAGCUUGCUAAUCAUACUAAAAAAACAUGCUAGUAACUUGGUAAUCAUGCAAGAAACAUGCUAACAAAAUGCUAAUUAUGCUACAAUUAUGCUAGCAACAUGCUAGUAACUUGCUAAUCAUGCUAGAAACAUGCUAGCAACUUGAUAAUCAUGCUAGAAACAUGCUAGUAACUUGUUAAUCAUGCUAGAAACAUGUUAGCAACAUGCUAGUAGCUUGCUAAUCAUGCUAACAACAUGCUAGUAACUUGCUACUUAUGUUAGCUAUCUAUCUAUCAACUAGCCUAGCAACUAGUCAUGCUAGUAGCUUGCUAAUCAUACUAGAAACAAGCUAGUAA